GUCGGUCAGUCUCUGAUUUCCGAUCGAUCAAGACAAAAACAGAACAGACCGGCAAAACAGAAACCAUGAAGGAAGAUUCAACGAUGACCUAUCUGACACAAAAGGAAGCCCAAGAGAUCGACGCGGAGUUGAUGGGACCCAAAUAUGGCUACACUCUAGCACAGCUAAUGGAACUCGCAGGUCUCGCCUGUGCCCAAGCUCUACACAAGGUCUAUGGUCCGGAGCGGUACCCGCGAGUCUUGGUCUGUUGCGGCCCCGGAAACCAAGGCGGAGAUGGGCUGGUGGCUGCCCGUCAUUUGUGGCAUUUCGGACACAAACCGACGCUCUAUUACCCCAAGCAAACCGAUAAAGAACAUUACAAGAGCCUACUCCGGCAAUGUGAAACGCUGGGGAUCCCGGUGAUCGGAGCGAAUUUCAGCGAGGCAGUAGGAGAAACGGAUGUGAUAUUAGAUGCGAUCUUCGGCUUCUCAUUUCAUUCAGAGCCGCGAGCGCCAUUCGACGAGCCGAUCCGGUCAUUCCAACAAACGCAAACCCCGAUCGUCUCGGUGGACAUCCCGUCCGGUUGGGAUGUCGAAACCGGUAACCCUAAUCAUGUUUACUUCACCCCAAAUGUCCUCGUCUCUUUAACGGCUCCGAAACGAGGCGUGAAAUCGUUCCCAGGCCGUCAUUUUCUUGGCGGAAGGUUCAUACCUCCGGGAAUUGUGAAAUCUUACAAUUUGAAGCUUCCUUGCUACCCCUCCUCGGAUCAAGUUGUAGAAAUAACUGCUGUUCAGGGAGAGGACAAGUAAGAUCCACUGUCCUAGUGACCUCCUAGUAAGAGUAGGGAUCCAGGUUCUCUAUUUUUCUUCCAAUAUUGUGCAUAUAAUUGUCAAGCUCAGAUGAAAAUUUUAUUGCACAAGUUGAAUUGUUC